ACACACCGGGUGGGAUCUCCUCUGCUGCGCUCUGCUCUACUCUGCUCUGCUCUACUCAUUCAAGAGGAAAACACAGCAGGAGAGCUGUGCUGUGCCGUGGAGCUGACCCAACACUGGACUGGACACGAGAGAGUCUGAACGACUGAGAUCGCUGAGAACUGAAACAGACACAACUGGAGACCAACAUUCAUUGGUAUAAAAAUACAUAUAGCUGUUGAUUUUUUUGUAUUGUUAUCCAGUGCUGGUCUUUUUGUAGCUGACACGGAGAAGAAUUUGAAGAGAGAAGAGGACGAGCGGAGAGGAACAAACUCAGAAAUCUCUGGACCUGUUGACUCGGCUUGAAGAACCCAUAACCUGAGGUUUUGAUCCAUUUUACUUCUACUUACUACUCAACAACAGAGACAGAGGCAAGCACACCGGGUCCAAACCACCACCACCACCAGCACCACUAGUCAGAUCCAGACCAAGAAUCACCACCUACAGCACCAACCAAGGCCCAAAAAACAGAACCAAGAGCCUGGGGCUCACAUCCCUACUAGACGCCAGCCUGCCCUCCAGAGACCAGUAUGUCUUGUCCACUUCACCCAGGAGCCCUCGCCGAUCUCCAGGCAUGAUCUCAACCUACCCGCUGACCUCCCUGCUGCCCUGGCCUCCCGUCCCCCAGUUUUUGGAGCUGGAGCGGGGCCUGCUGGACGGUAGCGAUGGCGAUGGAGGGGUGGCCCUGCAGAGGUACCAGCGGCGCUCCCCCGAGAGCAGCCCGCGAAACUGGAGCUCGGUGCAGGACUGGGGGGAGGAGGUGGAGGAAGGGGCCAUCUACAACGUGACUCUCAAGAGGGUUCAGAUCCAACAGGCGGCCAACAAGGGAGCUCGAUGGCUGGGGGCGGAGGGCGACCGGCUGCCCCCGGGCCACACGGUGAGCCAGCUUGAGACGUGUAAGAUCCGCAGCAUCCGGGCGGGCACGCUGGAGCGGCUGGUGGAGACCCUACUGACGGCCUUCGGGGACAACGACCUGACCUACACCAGCAUCUUCCUCUCCACCUACCGCGCCUUCGCCAGCACACAGGCCGUGCUCCAGCUGCUGCUCGACAGGUAUGGCAGUGUGGAGGAGCGUGACGGCGAGAGCAGCACAUCUAGCCCCUGUGAGACGCGGGGAGUGGUGAGGACUGCACUGGCCUCGAUCCUGAGAGCCUGGCUGGACCAGUGUCCAGAAGACUUCCAGGAGCCGCCAGACUACCCGUGUCUGCAGCGCGUCCAGGACUUCCUCCAGAAGGCGCUGCCCGGGUCCGAGCCCCUGCGGCGGGCACACAGCCUGAGGGAGCAGCUGAGGAGCCAAGCCAGCCUGGAGGCCGAGUCAGAUGGAGGUUUCCACGGCAACAACCCCUUCUGCCUGGGGGAGGACGAGGACGUGGAGAUCGAGGUGCAGGAGGACUUCCUGUCCUUUGAAGUGGAUCUGGUGGCCGAGCAGCUGACCUACAUGGACGCGCUGCUGUUCAAGAAGGUGGUCCCCCACCACUGUCUAGGCUCCAUCUGGUCGCAGCGGGACAAGAAGCAGAACAAGCAUAGUGCGCCCACCAUCCGGGCCACCAUCGCCCAGUUCAAUGCCGUGGCGGCGUGCGUGGUGAGCACCGUGCUCCGCCGGCGACAGAUACGCCCGCACGUGCGUGCCCGCUUCAUCCAGCGCUGGAUAGACAUCGCACAGGAGUGCCGCAUUCGUAAGAACUUCUCCUCCCUUCGAGCUAUCGUCUCCGCUCUGCAGUCCAACCCCAUCUACAGACUCAAGAGGACAUGGGCAUGCGUUCACAAGGACAGCAUGCAGGUGUUUGAAGAGCUGUCUGACAUCUUCUCGGAUCAUAAUAACUAUGGGACAAGUCGGGAGCUCUUGAUGAAGGAGGGCACGUCCAAGUUUGCCAGCCUGGACAGCUGUGCUAAGGACCACCAGAAACGCUCCCAGAAGCGCCUGCAGCUGCAGAAGGAAAUGGGCGACAUGCAGGGGACAAUACCCUACCUCGGCACUUUUUUGACAGAUCUGACCAUGCUGGACACGGCUCUGCCAGAUUUUGUCGAGGGAGGCCUGAUCAACUUCGAGAAGAGACGCAGGGAAUUUGAAGUAAUCGCUCAGAUUAAGCUGCUCCAGUCUGCUUGCAACAGCUACUGUCUGAACCCCAACCGGACGUUCCUGCACUGGUUCAGCAGCCAGCCUCAGCUGUCUGAAGAGGAGAGCUAUGCUCUGUCAUGUGAGAUUGAGGGUCUGGGAGAUAGCAGUCCGACAUCGCCAAAACCUCGCAAGAGCAUGGUGAAGAGACUAAGCCUGCUAUUUCUGGGACUUGAUGCCACCUCGUCGAAUUCACCAGUAAGGGAAACACCGCGGUCGCCCCCUACUGGGAGUUCGGGGGAGAGCAUGGACUCUGUCAGCGUGUCUUCCAGUGACUCCACUCCUUCAGACAGCGAGGGGAUGACCCCCACACACUCUUCAGACAUCCCGCUCAAGAAGCUAUCAGAAUCCUCCUCGUGUACCUCUCUGCAUUCCAUGGAUACGACGUCGUCCUCGGCCAGCAACCCCCUGAGCCUGGCCUCGCCCACCCAGCAGCCCUCGACCCCCCACCCCCUCACCCACCGCCGCUCGGCCUCGCUCACCCCCCUGCCCAUGUCCCCUACCUCCCCCAGCCUGCCCCCCGCCUACAACACUCAGGCCCAGGACGCCUGCAUCAUCCGCGUCAGCCUGGAGCAGGGCAACGGCAACGUCUACAAGAGCAUCCUGCUGACAAGUCAGGAUAAAACCCCGGCGGUCAUCUCCAGAGCCAUGGCCAAGCACAACCUGGAGGAGGAGCAGACGGACCAGUAUGAACUGGUGCAGGUCAUCUCUGAGGAGAGAGAGCUGGUGAUCCCUGACAACGCCAACGUCUUUUACGCCAUGAACACCUCGGUCAACUUCGACUUCCUGCUGCGUCUGCGCGGCUCCGAGGGCCGACCGGUUCAACUGCGCAGCCGCUGCAGCUCCACGCUCCCCCGCGUCCAGCAACGCAGCAGCCUGUCGCUCCGCCUCAGCAAGGUCACCUUGUGACCCCUCCGCCUCCCCCACAGACUCACCUGGGGGUCAUGUGGGGGUCAGCAACAGGACCUAGGGAAGGGGAACUGUGGGUGGAUGGGGCAGAGGAGCUGAUGGAUCCAAAGGCUGUUGUGAGGAGUGAAUGGGAGUUUGUGCUGUGUUUAAAAAAAGUAUUACGCUCGAGAUGAGGGUUGGCAGAUGGUUGGAGAUAUGAACUGUGUGAUUUGACAUGACGAAAACUACAAACUGUUUAUAGUGUUAUUUCCCUUUACAAAACAGUAUCUGCCUGCUUGAGCCAGCCCCUGUCUCUCUGCUACAGUAGCUGUCCUAUCCAGCCUUGCCUCCCCACCCGUAGAUGCAUGUGCCUUCCUCAGCCCUUUUGCCCUGAACAUUUCCUGCAUAAAUGUGGGCCAACAAAAAAACACUCCUGGGUGUGUCCAGUCUGGACUGGGUGCUUCAGAGACCAGGUGGUGUUGGUGGUGGUUUUGGGAGGUAAACGAUGGAGGAGUUUAUGAUUGACCCUUGAGGUGGUGGAUUGUGGCGUGGGACUGCAAUGAAGCCAACAUGACGGGGUGAUGAGGACUCCGACUUGACCCCCAACAUUGCCCCUCCACACCCCUGCAGGAAUCACCUCAUGGCUGGUCCCACGCCAGGCUGGUUAUGAUUUUGCACAUAUACCAGGAGAAAGCCUCCUGUUUACCGUCAGUAUUAAUUUUCUUUUUUUAAAAGACAAAAAGUAACCUCUGUCUUCACCACCAUCCCUCCCUUGCGUCUUCCUCAAGCAUUACAAAGUGUGCCAUGAACAUGAACUUAAGCAGGAAAGAAAGCUUCCAAUUCUGAUUUCAGAUCAGUGACUUAAGCAUGGAUGGAAAACUCAGAAGGAGAGUACUCAUCAGAUCUGAUGCCUGGAGCUAAGACAGGGACAAUUCAAAAGAGAGUGACCGAAAAUAUCUGUUGCCCUGAGCGAAGAAGGUAACAGAGCAGCAAUCUCUUCUGCAGAGAGACGGAACUCAAAUCAGGUUGCCUCGAGCAAUGAUGGUGAUUGAAGAGAACACAAAAUGUUUCCGGAGGGUGAGAAUGACUGUUCUCAGAUCAGAUGUGUUUUGCCUCGAGGGCUGGUGGAGGAUCAGUGAAGGAUGCCUGGUGUCCCCCUGUUGGAUGGGAGGGGAUGCCUGCGCUUUUAUGUCCCAUGUUGCUUGCCGUCCGCUCUGUCUGUUCACCGUGUGGACACAAGCGUGGACCUGUGCCUCUCGUGUGUUUCCCACAAUGAGCUGUGUGAUGAAUGUGGUGGACUUUGCAUUCGGAUUGGUUCCUACUUGGUUAUAACAAGUUUCCAUUAUAAUGUUAAUCUUUUCAGUUUUUUUUGUUCUCGUUUCUCUUUCUCUUUCUGUAUUUUCAACACUUUUUGGGUGUUUCUCUGUUCUAUGUUAUUCACCUGUGAAAGGUUGUUUUGCAGCCACACCAGUUGCCAAAUGGGAUGGGAGUCGUUCUGGUUGUCUGAAACAAAAUUGCCUUCAUGGGCUUACGCAAUCUGUAUCAGAGUGGCCAUUGCUAGAAGUAUAAAAAUGAGUCCAUGGGCGUUUUCUCCAAUCAUCCUUGGUCUUUUCAGUCCUGUUAUUUCUCACAGUUUGAAUAGAAUUGUAUUGAAUUUUGUUCGUUUUUUUUAUACAUGUCAUUUUGUAACACAGAAAGCUGUAUCAUUGUCCAGAGUGUAUGAGAAAUAUGUUUUAAUUAACUGUCUCGUUUCGGGGGACAGAAGCCUUGUCUAAAGAAUUAAAAACAAGAGUAUGCUGUGAAGGAUUACCAGGGGAAGGCUGUAGCAUUAUGUAUGCCGUGGGCUUAUUCAGACACAAUUGUUCAAGUAGUGAAGGUUUUCUCCUUGACACGUUCAUCACAUCCCCCCCCCUCAUCACUCAGUGGAGAGGUUUAUUUCAAUGAAAUAUUGUCCCGUGGUGUGCACAACCCCCUUGGCCAUAACACUAAAUCAUUGUGUGCACCCCUAUUUCCCACACACGCACACUGCAGUAGUGUUCUGCCUCUCAUUCACCCCGGCUACUCUUUUGCCCAGUGUCAUUGACUCUCGGUAAGCACUCUAGUCUUGUGCUAUUCACCUCUGUCUCAUUAAAAAAAAACCCCACCCCCUUUCUCCUUCCCAGUACAACUCAUUGAGAUUGGCUCCACUCAGACAGGAUAAUUCGGCCUUGUUUAUGUUGCCCCUGCUAGCUCCGCUAUAGGCCUACUGCUGCUGAUGAUGUCAGUUGCCAUAUUCACUCGGAUGAUUGUCUGUUUUCUUUCUAACUGCAACGUUUGGUGAUGCUGGCCAUGACAUUUUCAUUUCAGACAUGUCAUCCCACUCUGUUUCUUCACCAGUCCUUCAUGGAGUAGGAAGUCGGGCCUAAGAGGGGUGCGAAGAGGUGUUACUGGGGUCAUUGCCAUAUCAUUGUUGAUACAAUGCAGCACUUCUGGAUUUUCCUCAGUUUUCUGUUUUAAGUAUUUUUCUUCACUGCCAAAGAAUUCUCUAUCUACAAAUGUCAAUUAAUAAAUUAUUAUCAUUACUAUGA